CUCCCCGGCGCCUCCGCCGUAGCCUCCUGCACGCUGUCCGCCGGCUGCCACUGCGGCAGCUCUCCGGUCGCCUUCCUCGCGUCGGCGUCCGCGCGCAGUUCUAGGCGCCUUGGACACACAUCGUCAUUCCGUGCUCUCUCAACCGCAGCUGGGCGAAGAGAUGUUCAGUGUCCUGACUCGCCAGCCUUGUGAGCAAGCAGGCCUCAAGGCUCUCUCCCGAACUCCGGUCAUCGUCGCCUUGGUGGUCUUGCUUUUGAGCGUCGUGGUCCUGGUGACCGUCACACUCAUCCAGACUCACCACAAAGAGGUCCUUCUUCCAGGGCUGAAGUAUGGAAUCGUGCUCGACGCCGGGUCCUCCAGAACCACCGUCUACGUGUACCAGUGGCCCGCGGAGAAGGAGAACAAUACCGGAGUGGUCACCCAGACCUACAAAUGCAGUGUGAAAGGCUCCGGGAUCUCCAGCUACGGGAGUAACCCCCAAGAGGUCCCCAAAGCCUUCGAGGACUGCAUGCAGAAAGUGAAGGAGCAGAUUCCAGCCCACCUGCAUAGAUCCACGUGCGUUUACUUGGGGGCCACGGCCGGCAUGCGCUUGCUGAGGUUGCAAAACGAAACGGCAGCUAACGAAGUCCUUGCGAGCAUCCGAAACUACUUCCAGUCCCAGCCCUUUGAUUUUAGGGGUGCUCAAAUCAUUUCUGGGCAAGAGGAAGGGAUAUAUGGAUGGAUUACAGCCAACUAUUUAAUGGGAAAUUUCCUGGAGAAGGACCUGUGGCAUAUGUGGGUGCGUCCCAACGGAGUGGAGACCACGGGCGCCCUGGAUCUAGGCGGCGCCUCCACCCAGAUAUCCUUCGCCGUGGGAGAGGCGGUGGAGCGGAACACCAGUGACAUUGUGCGCGUGUCCCUGUACGGCUACGUGUACGCACUCUACACGCGCAGCUUCCAGUGCUAUGGCCGCAACGAGGCUGAGAAGAGGUUUCUGGCAAUGCUCCUUCAGAAUUCUACCACCAAAACCAACGUCAUCAACCCCUGCUACCCUCGGGAUUAUUCCACCUCCCUCUCGGGGGGCCGCAUAUUUGACAGCCCGUGCACAGAGGAUCUGAAGCCCGGAAGUUAUGACCCCAACGACACCAUCGCUUUCGAAGGAACCGGGGACCCGUUGCUGUGUAGGGUGAAGGUGGCUUCCCUGUUUGCCUUCAAAGCUUGCCAUGGGCGAGAAGUCAGCUGCUUUGAUGGUAUUCAGCCGGGAGUUAAAGGAUCUUUCGUGGCCUUUGCCGGCUUCUUCUACACAGCCAGCGCUCUGAACCUCACGGGCAGCUUUUCCCUGAACACCUUCAACUCCAGCACCUGGGAUUUCUGCUCGCAGAGUUGGGGUCAGCUCCCGCAGCUGCUGCCCCGGUUCGACGAAGUGUACGCCCGCUCCUACUGCUUCUCCGCCCACUACAUCUACCACUUGCUCGUGAGCGGGUACCAAUUCACCGAGGACACCUGGCCGCAGAUACAUUUUAAAAAAGAAGUGGAAAACAGCAGCAUAGCCUGGUCUCUGGGCUACAUGCUCAGCCUGACCAACCAGAUCCCGGCUGAAAUGCCCCUGGUCCGCCUGCCCCUGAAGCCACCAACCUUCAUGAGCACCAUGGCCUUCUUCACGGGGGUGGCCUUGCUGAGCCUGACCUUCCUGGUGGUGUACCUGUACAUGUCGUCCAGGAAACAGCGGCGCUCCCAGCAUGUCUUGGACCACACGGUGGAUUCCGAGUGAGCCUCGAGAAGCAGCUUCCGGAACCGGAGGGCCACCCAGACCCAGCCUGGGCGGCACCAGAUAGUGCAAGUGAAAUGCCUGUCUGCGGGGAACACAGCCGAAGUCAAGUACUUAGGUCGUGUGCCCCCUCAGAUACCGAUUGAUGCCAAAGCACCUCCUGGGGAGUCCCUCAACUGCUCUGUGCACCUUGCUCCUCCAGGGACGCCGCCCUCCGCUCGCUGGCCGCCUGGGAACAGAGAAGACAGGCCAUCACGGUCAGGCUCUUCUUUCCAGUGCCCAAGAGGGAAAGUAAGCCGAGCCUAAGACAGUUGGAUGCUGAAGAGCUGACCUCAGGGCUCCUUCUGCACUCUGUUCGUCCUCGGACGCGCUGUAUUCCUCCCGGCGAGUCUGGGAGCUGCCAGACACCCACGCAGCAUUGGACCCAACCCUGUAUCUCGUGUUGUGGCUUUCUCCCGUCUGUCCUUAACCGAGACUUUCCUCCAGCAAUCCCAUCCACCUGGCGCUCCCUCAGAUCGUAGGACACAGUCUUCGGGAGAGAGGACGCCUCUACGCCAAAGGACGGUGGCCACGGCCAGCUUCUGUCACGCAGGCAGAACCUGAAGGACAGACGCACAGCAGGUCUCCCAGAAAACUCCUGGCCAUUUUCAAAGUGGGGUUCCCACUCACGCCGCUGGUCAUUUGAUCGCAGCUGAAGUGUGUAGCACUUUCUUCACCUCCCUUUCACAUUGCUUCUGUUGUCCCAGGAAACGUUUACUCCUGGCGAGGGCGUGGCACCCCAGCCAUCCUUGGCUGGGCUUUUGUCCCCAGCCAUCCUUCCGUUGUUAGCAUGGGUAUGCAUUUUGUCCACCGUCCCCACAGGUAUACUUGAUGCUGUCACAACACCUCCUGCUCCAGGGUCUGCCUACCAGUUACUCACCUGCGUGGGGUAGACCGUGCUGCGUCAUAACCAUAGUUCUUGACUUUGGGGAAAGGAAAGGAAGCUGCAGGGACGUUUAACGCUGAAGUGGGGUGAGAAAGAACUCCAGCAUGUCCAAUGGCUACCAAGUAAAAAUCAACAUGCUUUCAGAUUGUUGUUUGGGAGCUUGAUGUGGAAUAAAGGACUUGUUUUAUUUUGA